GGUUGACUUCAUCUACCUUCUUAAAUCUUGAUUCCUUUCUAAUCUCCUGAGAAUGGCUGAUGCAAUUAUAUCUGCUGUCCUACAGCAGUUGGUUUCCAUUGCUUACAGAGAGGUGGAGCAGGAGGUACGACUGGUUGUGGGUGUUGAAGAAGAAGUCCAAAAGCUUACCUGCAAUUUCAAGGCCAUUCAAGAUGUGCUUGAAGAUGCAGAGAAACGAUUGGUGAAGGAGGCCAACGUCAGGAACUGGUUAGAGGAAUUGAAAGAUGCUUCCUAUGACAUGGAGGAUGUUUUGGAUGAGUGGAAUACUGCUCUACUUAAAUUAAGAAUUGAAGGUGAAGAGAAGAAGGUUGAGAAUGGCUCCGUACUCAAGGUAUGCUCCUCCUUUUCCUCCUCUUGUUGCUGCAUCAAUCGAUCUCUUUUGCGCCAUGACAUUGCUCACAAAAUUAAAAAGCUGAAUGAGAGACUAGAUGCUAUCGCAAAUGAGAGAAUCAAGUAUGAGUUUCAGUCUGGAAGGGAAACAGCACAUCUUGAGCGACAAAUGACUAGCUCUGUCAUCGAUGAAUUUCAGGUGCGCGGUAGAGAAGAAACUAAAAAUAGAGUGGUGAGGAUGUUGUUGGAAGAAAGUAGUCAAGGAUCGCCCUUCCAAACGAUCUCCAUUAUUGGGAUGGGAGGAUUAGGAAAGACAACUCUGGCUCAAUUAGCCUUUAAUGAUAAGGGUGUAAAGGAACAUUUUGAAAAGAGGAUAUGGGUGUGUGUCUCGGAUCCUUUUGAUGAGAUUAGGAUUGCUAAGGCAAUCCUUGAAUCCGUUCUUGGUAGCACCCCAAAUCUAGUUGAAUUAGAAAAUCUACUCCAAGCAAUACAACAAUAUAUUAAAAACAAGAAGUUUCUUCUUGUCAUGGAUGAUGUGUGGAAUGAAGAUUCCUUAAAAUGGGCAUGCUUGGAACAUUCUCUGAAGUGUGGUCUUCAAGGAAGUAAGAUUUUGGUGACCACAAGGAAGGAGAGCGUUGCGAAUAUCAUGGGAAGCAGAAGCACCCACAUGUAUUUCUUGGAGAAAUUGUCAGAGGAAGAAUGUUGGUCUGUAUUUAGCAACAUAGCUUUCUUUGGUAGAACAGAUGAAGAAUGCAAACAUCUGGAAGAUAUUGGUAGGAAAAUUGCACGCAAGUGUAAUGGCCUGCCUCUUGCUGCAAAGUUCCUUGGAGGUCUUUUGCGAUUUAGGAAAACUAGAGAACAAUGGGAGAGUGUGUUAGAUAACCAAAUAUGGGAGCUAAAAGAGGCUGAACAAGAGCUUUUUCCUCAUUUGCUGUUGAGUUAUUAUGAUUUGCCUUCUGAAGUAAGGCAGUGUUUCUUAUACUGUGCCAUCUUUCCAAAAGAUUACAUCAUAUCGAGAGAGAAAUUGAUUAGAUUAUGGAUGGCGCAAGGCUAUCUUAAAGACAAUAUGGAAAUUGUUGGUCAGGUGUAUUUUGAUAAUUUGGCUAUGCGCUCCUUUUUUCAAGAUUUUGAAAAUGUUCGUUAUGAUGAAACCAAGUUAAUAUGCAAGAUGCAUGACAUAGUGCAUGAUUUUGCCCAAUUUUUGGUGAAAAAUGAAUGUUUUUUAAUAGAAAAUAGUGAAACUGAAAUGCCAAAAAUAAAGUCGUUAUGUGAAAAAACACGCCAUUCAAUGAUUUUAGUUGGAGAAAAUUCACCAUUUCCUGUCUAUGUUUACAAGUUAAAGAAGUUAAGAAGCAUUUUGGUUGGGUUUCCUCGCCAUGAGUCUAAGAGUGAUGGACCUCUACUUGAUUUAUUUAGUCAAUUGACAUUUCUUAGGUCAUUGGAUUUGGGCAUGCCUGUUGACUGUAGUAAUUCACUCAGUAAACUCCCGAAAGAGGUAGGACAACUGAUACAUUUAAGGCUUCUUGACUUGUCUUGGAAUUCAAGAGAUGAAGAAUGUGAGCAUUUAAAAGAGAUUGGUAGGAAAAUCUCACGCAAGUUUGAUGGCUUGCCUCUUGCUGCAAAGUUCCUUGGAGGUCUUUUGCGAUUUAGGAAAACUAGAAAACAAUGGCAGAAUGUGUUAGAUAACCAAAUAUGGGAGCUAAAAGAGGCUAAAGAAGAGGUUUUUCGUCAUUUUCAGUUGAGUUAUUAUGAUUUACCUUCUGAAGUAAGGCAGUGUUUCUUAUAUUGUGCCAUCUUUCCAAAAGAUUACAUUAUAUCGAAAAAGAAGUUGAUUAGAUUAUGGAUGGCGCAAGGCUAUCUAGAAGACAAUAUGGAAAAAGGUGAGUUGUACUUUAAUAAUUUGGCUAUGCGCUCCUUUUUCCAAGACUUCAGAAAACAUAAAACCAAUUUAGCAUGCAAGAUGCAUGAUGUAGUGCAUGAUUUUGCUAAACAUUUGACAAAAAAUGAAUUUUUUUUAGUAAACUCUGCUAAUAAUGAAGCGUGUGAUAAUGAAUUAUAUGAAAAAGUGCGUCAUUCAAUGAUACUUUCUCGGUCAGAUUUACCAUUUCCUGUCUCUGUUUACAAGUUAAAGAAGGUACGAAGCCUCUUGCUUACGGAGCUUAUGCGGAGAAACUCUGAGACCGAAAAACAUCUAGUUGAUUUAUGUGGUCAAUUGACAUGCCUUAGGUCAUUGGAUUUGAGUGUGCAUAUUAACUGUAGUAAUUCACUGAGUAAACUUCCGAAAGGGAUAGAACAACUGAUACAUUUGAGACUUCUUGACUUGUCUUCGAAUACAGCCCUAAGAGUAUUACCUGAAUCUUUGUGUCAUUUAUAUAAUCUUCAAAUCCUGAAUAUUUGUUGUUGUCUUUUUCUUAGAGGACUUCCUCAUGGGAUGGAAAAACUAAUCAACUUGAGGCAUUUAUAUAACUUGGGAACUUAUAAGCUAACCUUUAUUCCCAAAGGGUUGGGGAGAUUAACUUCUCUUAGCACAUUUGAAUGCUUGGUGGUGGGAAGUAAUAAUAAUGAUGGUGAAGCUAUGACUCUAGGGGAUCUGCAACAACUAAACAACCUUAAGGGAACUCUCCACAUUAGAGGACUAGGAAAUGUGAAAGAUGUCCUGGAGGCUACAAAUGCUCAGCUUCUAAAUAAGAAACAUCUUCGUGACUUGCAGCUUAGAUUUGAUGGACUGAUAACAGACGCAGAGAGAAUUGAUGAUCUUCUUCUUGAAGCCCUGCAACCACCUUCGGACUUAGAAAUUUUAGAAAUUACUGAUUAUAUAGGCCCUACUAUGUGUCCAAAUUGGUUAAUGCAACUGCCAAGGCUAAGGAAGCUUACACUUGGGUCGUUCAUAAAUAUUGAGCAGUUGCCUCCACUUGGGAUCCUGCCGGGUCUCCAGGUGCUCAAGAUUAGAAACAUGCCUAAAGUGAAAAAACUGGGCCUUGAGUUUCUAGGAAUAGGCACUCUUCCAUUUUCAUCUUCUGUUGCUGCCUUCCCUCAACUCCAAAAGCUUCAUUUUAGUAACAUGAAAAACUGGGAAGAGUGGGAUUUUGAAAUCACAACAGGAACUGUUCAUCAUAGUAAUAGUAGUACCAGUAGCUGCAUAUUUAUGGUAAUGCCACGCCUCAGUUAUUUGCUCAUUCAGAACUGUGACAAGUUGAAGGAAUUAAAACAGCCUUACGAGGAUUUAAGAAAAGACGGUCUUAUACGCUGGCAUUUUAAAGUUUGGUGAACUGAUGUAAGAAAAGUCGGAGACUUCAAUGACGGAUGCUCGAGUGGAAACUUCCCCAAGCGUGUUUCUCCUUCCCUCCACAGGCGUGCUGCUGCUGACACAUGACAGACGUGCCCCUCCCUCCCUUUACAGGCGUGCUCUUAGAAACGUAGCGUGCCUCUUCUUCCCAGAAAUUUAAUUCUACUGUCUUUCUUCUCAGAAAGCUUAAUCCUUGCUAUAAGGUGGAGAUUAGUGUUAUUGUGAUUAUUAGAGCACCUAAUUCCGUGAUUGAUAUGAUUUAACUGUGUUUUUAUUUUAUCGAUUGUAAUUUAUUUAGACCCUCCACAAUUAAUUGUUCAUAAUAAAAGACUUCAG